UAUUCAGAUACAGGAGUAAGCACUCGGUACUGCAGUACCUGGAACCAGAACUCACACUCACAAUGGACCAUUCCAAGGCACACAGCUGUAUGACCACAGGAGCUGGCAUUCCGAUUGGUGACAAGCUAAACAGUUUAACCGUUGGCCAACGAGGGCCACUGCUAAUGCAGGAUGUAGUGUUCACUGAUGAGAUGGCUCAUUUUGAUCGAGAGAGGAUUCCUGAGAGAGUAGUUCACGCUAAAGGAGCUGGGGCAUUCGGAUACUUAGAAGUCACUCAUGAUGUCACGAAAUACACGAAGGCAAAGCUGUUCGAUACAAUCGGGAAGAAAACAGACAUCGCUAUUCGAUUCUCCACCGUAGCUGGGGAAGCCGGUUCAGCCGAUACUGUCCGUGAUCCGAGGGGUUUCGCAGUUAAAUUUUACACAGAAGAAGGAAUCUGGGAUUUAGCUGGAAACAACACACCUAUAUUUUUCAUCAGAGAUGCCAUUUUGUUUCCAUCCUUCAUCCACAGUCAGAAGAGGAACCCUCAGACUAACCUGAAGGAUCCAGAUAUGGUGUGGGACUUCUGGAGCUUACGUCCUGAGUCCUUGCACCAGGUCACCCUCUUGUUCAGCGACCGUGGUAUUCCUGAUGGUCACAGACAUAUGAAUGGCUAUGGAUCUCACACCUUCAAGCUGGUCAAUGCAGAAGGGGACGCAGUGUACUGCAAGUUUCAUUUCAAGACUGAUCAGGGCAUCAAAAACUUGACUGUAGAAGAAGCAAACAAGUUGGUGGUGAGUGACCCAGAUUAUGGAAUCCGAGACCUCUUUCAGUCUAUUGCCAAGAAGAACUUCCCAUCGUGGACCUUAUACAUUCAAGUCAUGACUUUUCAAGAAGCAGAGAAAUGUCCCUUCAAUCCUUUCGACAUAACCAAAGUAUGGCCUCACGCUGAGUACCCACUUAUUCCAGUGGGUAAACUGGUACUGAACAAGAAUCCAGAGAACUAUUUUGCCCAAGUGGAGCAGUUGGCAUUUGACCCAAGUAAUAUGCCCCCUGGAAUUGAACCAAGCCCAGAUAAAAUGCUUCAGGGUCGUCUCUUCUCUUACCCAGACACACACAGACACCGCCUGGGACCAAACUACUUGCAUAUCCCCGUCAACUCCUCUCGGCUAGCAAAAGUGGCCAAUUUCCAGCAGGACGGGCCAAUGUGCAUGUUUCACAAACCCAGUAACAUGCCAAAUUACUUUCCAAAUAGCUUCUGCCACCUGCGGGAUCACUCCACAUUCAAAGAAACCUGUUGUAACGUCUCGGGGGAUAUUGCUCGGCACAGCGCUGAUGAUGAAGACAAUGUUUCCCAGGUUAGAACUUUCUACAACAAAACGUUGAGUGAGGACGAGAGGAAGAGGCUGUGUGAAAACAUUGCCCAGAGCUUGAAAGACGCUCGGCCAUUCAUUCAAGAACGAGCGGUGAAAAACUUCACAGAUGUUGAUCUCAAUUUUGGUGCUCGUAUCAAAGCGCUACUUAAUAAAUAUAAUGCAGAAGAAGGAGUAAAGGAGCCAGUUAACAAUUAUGUUCGAUGUGUGUGACGUUAGCACGGGGCAGUCCAUCUUCGAAGAGUCUUCUUGCAAAGUUUGAGGGGCAUUAUGACUGAUUUUAACCCCUGCACUUCUGAAGAGCUUGCAUUCUCUGUUGCAUUUUUUUUCUUCUUUUUUUUUCGGCUGAACAUAGAGUGUAAUUAUCUAGUAAUAAAAUUUACCUUGACCCAUUUCUUCUGCCAAGAGAUCCCAUUCUGUGCAUUGGCCGUUGGUCACUAGAUUUAGACAAAUUCACCAGCUAAUGGUCUGCUGCAUCGAUGUUAAUAAAACACUCCACUGAUU